AGCACUGAUAGUCUUCUCCGGCCUCAGUCGACCCGCCCUAUCGUACUAGGACUUUGGAUUCAUCAUCUCAUAGGUACCAAACCUGUUGCUGGCUCCGUUAUAAUUUGUUCCCACCGGUCUAAUCCAAGUUCUGUUGUAGUAAUAUUUCCUUCUCUACACCCCAUGUAUCCAGUUUGGUGCUGAUUUGUUUGCUGCUUGCAUAAUUGUGUUUCAUGCCUAGCAGGGCUCUUGUUAUCUGUGUUGGUAAAUUGCUCGGUCUGCAGUAGAGGCAAUGGGGACAUGUAAGUUGAUCAUAACUGUCGAACUUGCUCGUGGCCUGAUUCCCAGGGAUGGGCAUGGUUCUCCCAGCGCCUACGUCGAGCUUUCCUUUGACGGCCAACGGAUCCGCACAACUAUCAAGGAGGAAGAUCGGAACCCGGCAUGGAAUGAGAGCUUCUGGUUCGACGUGUCGCUAGACCCAUCUAAUAUUCAUGACCUUGUUCUUGAAGCUAGUGUGUAUAACACCAACGAACCAAUCCAUGGUCGCGGAAAGUAUUUUCUUGGCAUGGUCACACCAAAUGUGGCCUCAUUCCACCGUUUCUAUGAACCCACACACAGACGACAAGCAGCCCUUUAUCCACUAGAAAGGUGGCGUGGGAUGCCCAUGGUUGGUGUGAGAGGGGAAUUGCUUCUAAACGGAUACAUCCUUGAUGAGAGCCCCAGCAGAGCUCCCAUCCCGUCUUCAGCACCAAUGGGCUUAUGUGUGGAGGUCAUAAAUGCUACUAACCUCAAGCCAGUGGACGACCCGGCCGUUGUUACUAAAACAUCUUCAAAAGACUUUGUCGACCUUGUAAGACUUUUUACUCACAUUUUCAAAGGCAUGUCUUUGUUUCAUAGACAUGAUGUUGUGUUUUACCCUUUGCGCACUAACAUUCUAGAUGGUUGUUCUGGUUCUGCAGACUCUUAGAACAUGGAGAAAUGCGUUACAGAGAUCAUUGGGGUAUGGAUCCCUAGAAACAUACUACGAACAAAUAAAAAGAUGUAACCAAAUAGGUCCAAUGUGCGUGAACCCUAACCUCUCCAAGAGGCUUCCAAUAAUGAAGGUUAUCUGUAUGCUCCAAGGAUUGGAAAGUAUCAGUUGUGACAGUAGCAAUGAGAAAAUAACAUAGUUGCAAGAUAGGUAUGACUUAUUCUUGUAUUUUUUGUAAGGUCUUUUGUGAAUAAUUAAUAAAGUGGCUGCAUGCAUCGCCCAGAUGCAGAGGACGGGGGUCUACCUCCUUUUCUAAAAAAAAAGGUAUGACUAACUUAAUUG